CCCACCCACCCCUACGCACUCCCACCGAAAAUUUUCCCUUGGGCAGAGAAUCUCCCCAGCUUUCACUGUUACUUCACGCGAGGCAGUUUGCAGAGAUCCCAGCUUUUUGAUUUUUCUCCUCUCUUUUCUUCCGUUGUUCACUCCUCUUCCCUGCGGAGUCCUUGGCAUUCACAUCCCAACCCACGGCGGACCCCUCUUCUUGUGUUCAUGAGAAAUGCUUCAAGUGCUCGAGUGAAGCCGAACAUUCGACGGAAGCUCCAGAUUCGGUACCAAUUUCGGCGAUACUACGAAGGUAAGGCCAUUUAUCGGCUUCACCGGAGAGGAAACAGACGGGCUGUUUACAAAAGCACUAUAUCUGUCUUUGGAGCUCUGCCGGCGGUGUCUUCCAUCUCCUCGUUGGACUCGAAUCAGGAAAUACUACUUUGCAAGGCUAUUUCCAGAAAUGAGUUUAUUGCUCGCUGUGUAUUUUUAUAUUUGAAUCACUAUGGUUAUGGAAGAAAGUAUUGCCGAGAACAAGCUACAUAUUUGGUUCAGAUACAGGAUAUACCAUUACAGCAUGUUGGGCUGUUAUGGUCUGUCCACUAGUUGUGCAUUUGAACCCAUUUUCGUAUGAAGAUCCACUGCCCUUCAAUCCUUGGAGACGGGAGGUAAGCCAUUUAUGACAAGCAAUUAAAUGGUGCUACAAGCCAUUUCAUGACUUUUGGCGGUGGCAUGAGGUUCUAUGUUGGAAGGCUGAGUUUACAA